GCUCCUGCGGCACUAGCGUGGAGAAUCCGCAGGGGGAAGAUGGUGUGAGGAAACCGACAAAGAAGAGGAGUGCUUGUCUUUUGAAGGGUGUGUUCCUCAUUAUGGUUUAUAAAUCUUGCGAGAAACUUCAAGAUUUAGUGCCUUAUGCUGAAGGAAGCGAGAAGCUGAGGGACAAGCAGUUACUAGGAGCGCGGGUGUGUUGAGAUGCAGCGCAGCAGCAGCAGCAGCAGUUUGACUAAACAGCUGGGAGAGAGAUGGCUGACCUUGUUGAAUCGCCUUCAAGAAGAUCCCAAGUUUGCACAAGUAAUGAGCACGAGGAUUGGGCAGUACCUCAGCAGCCGGCCUUUCUUAGCCCUGGCACUGCUGCUGUUCAGCGCCAUGGCUGCUCUACCCGUUGGGAUCUUCCUUUUGUUUGCUAUUAUUACUAUAGUUAUGUCAGUGGUUGGAUUUGUUUUCUUUGAGGUGUUUCUUCUGUUCGUUGGCGGAAUGACUCUGCUGUCCGUUCUCUCUGGCAUCGCCCUCUUCUCUCUGCUGGCCUCGGUCAUCGUCACUGGUGUGUUUGUCACUCUUCCUAACCUGCUGAGGCGUCAAUACUACUUGACAAAGAGGAACGAGAAUGAAGAAGGAACUCAAGAAAUGAAGCAGAAGUAGUGAUGUUUUUAUUCUCUCUGAUGGGACGUCUGAGGCCGCUCUUCUGCACGUGCUCAGGGUGUGGGGAUCUGAGCUGCUGAGCACAAAAACUCUUCCAAGGUCACAUUUUCUGAACACCAAGUGUCCUUUUUUUAACAAGAGGAAUGUGAAGUUUUAUCUGUGAAAUAUUUGAGUUUUUUAACUCAUUUUUUACUCCUCACCUCUCCAACUUUGUGCAAAUGAUCUCUGUUACACAGGUCAAAUGUUGAUCAUGUUGUACAAUAGCAAUGCAGCUACACAAACACUUUCUGUAAACCUAUUUCAGUCCAAUUUUAGCCAAAAAAAAAAAUAUAUUUAUAAAGCUUGUUUCCACAGUAUAUUUAUCCGUCCUCAUUGUUACUUUGUCUCUCUUUCUAAGGCUACAAAGCUGUCCUUUAUGAUUGUUUUAAUCAUUUCUAGAAGACUUAUUUCCAUUUCCAUAUGUGUGGUUUUGCGCAAAUCACAAUAAUGCAAAAAAACAGUUUUCUAAGCUUAAUAGUGUUUUUUUUUCUGUUAACAAUCUUGA